AUGGCGCUGACGCCCCGGAGGGGGCCCUCGGCGGGGCUGGCUCGGCCCGAGCUCUGGCUGCUGCUGUGGGCAGCCGCGUGGCGCCUGGGUGCCACGGCGUGCCCCGCCCUCUGCACCUGCACUGGCACCACGGUGGAUUGCCACGGCACGGGGCUGCAGGCCAUCCCCAAGAACAUCCCACGGAACACCGAGCGCCUGGAGCUCAAUGGCAACAACAUCACUCGGAUCCAUAAGAAUGACUUUGCGGGGCUCAAGCAGCUACGAGUGCUGCAGCUGAUGGAGAACCAGAUUGGAGUGGUGGAACGAGGGGCUUUCGACGACAUGAAGGAGCUGGAGCGGCUACGACUGAACCGGAACCUGCUGCACACGUUACCAGAGCUGCUGUUCCAGAAUAACCAGGCUCUGUCGAGGCUGGACCUGAGUGAGAACACCAUCCAGGCCAUCCCCAGGAAAGCUUUUCGCGGAGCUACAGAUCUCAAAAAUUUACAGCUGGACAAGAACCAGAUCAGCUGCAUCGAGGAAGGGGCCUUCCGAGCUCUGCGGGGGCUGGAGGUGCUGACCCUGAACAACAAUAACAUCAGCACCAUCCCUGUGUCCAGCUUCAACCACAUGCCCAAGCUACGGACCUUCCGCCUGCACUCCAACCACCUAUUCUGUGACUGCCACCUGGCCUGGCUCUCGCAGUGGCUCAGGCAGCGGCCGACUAUCGGGCUCUUCACCCAGUGCUCAGGCCCCGCCAGCCUGCGCGGCCUCAACGUGGCCGAGGUCCAGAAGAGCGAGUUCAGCUGCUCAGGCCAGGGGGAGGCUGGGCGCGUGCCCUCCUGCACCCUCUCCUCGGGCUCCUGCCCAGCCAUGUGCACCUGCAGCAAUGGCAUCGUGGACUGUCGUGGCAAAGGCCUCACCGCCAUCCCCGCCAACCUGCCCGAGACCAUGACGGAGAUCCGCCUGGAGCUCAACGGGAUCAAGUCCAUCCCCCCAGGAGCCUUCUCUCCCUACAGAAAGCUUCGGAGGAUAGACCUGAGCAACAACCAGAUCGCAGAGAUCGCCCCCGAUGCCUUCCAGGGCCUCCGCUCCCUGAACUCGCUAGUCCUCUAUGGGAACAAGAUCACAGACCUCCCCCGGGGUGUGUUUGGAGGCCUGUACACCCUGCAGCUCCUGCUCUUGAACGCCAACAAGAUCAACUGCAUCCGGCCCGAUGCCUUCCAGGACCUGCAGAACCUCUCUCUUCUCUCCCUGUACGACAACAAGAUCCAGAGUCUCGCCAAGGGCACCUUCACCUCCCUGCGGGCCAUCCAGACCCUGCACCUGGCCCAGAACCCUUUCAUCUGCGACUGUAACCUCAAGUGGCUGGCGGACUUCCUGCGCACCAACCCCAUCGAGACGAGCGGGGCCCGCUGCGCCAGCCCCCGGCGCCUCGCCAACAAGCGCAUCGGGCAGAUCAAGAGCAAGAAGUUUCGGUGCUCAGCCAAAGAGCAAUACUUCAUUCCAGGCACGGAGGAUUACCAGCUGAACAGCGAAUGCAACAGCGAUGUGGUGUGUCCCCACAAGUGCCGCUGCGAGGCCAGCAUGGUGGAGUGCUCCAGCCUGAAGCUCACCAAGCUCCCGGAGCGUGUCCCCCAGUCCACAGCCGAGCUACGAUUAAACAACAAUGAGAUUUCCAUUCUGGAGGCCACUGGGAUGUUUAAAAAACUCAAUCAUCUGAAGAAAAUCAAUCUGAGCAACAACAAGGUGUCGGAAAUCGAAGACGGGGCCUUUGAGGGGGCGGCGUCCGUGAGCGAGCUGCACCUGACCGCCAACCAGCUGGAGUCCAUCCGGAGUGGCAUGUUCCGGGGCCUGGAUGGCUUGAGGACCCUGAUGCUGAGGAACAAUCGCAUCAGCUGCAUCCACAACGACAGCUUCACGGGCCUGCGCAACGUCCGACUCCUCUCGCUCUAUGACAACCAGAUUGCCACCAUCUCCCCUGGAGCCUUCGACACCCUCCAGGCCCUCUCCACACUAAACCUUCUGGCCAACCCUUUCAACUGCAACUGCCAGCUGGCCUGGUUGGGCGACUGGCUGCGGAAGAGGAAGAUCGUGACGGGGAACCCGCGGUGCCAGCAACCAGACUUCCUGCGGCAGAUUCCCCUGCAGGACGUGGCCUUCCCUGACUUCAGGUGUGAGGAAGGCCGAGAGGAGGGGGGCUGCCUGCCCCGCCCGCAGUGCCCCCAGGAAUGUGCCUGCCUGGACACCGUGGUCCGAUGCAGCAAUAAGCACCUCCAGGCCCUGCCCAAGGGCAUCCCCAAGAAUGUCACCGAACUCUACCUGGAUGGCAAUCAGUUCACACUGGUUCCAGGACAGCUGUCCACCUUCAAGUACCUGCAGCUUGUGGACCUGAGUAACAACAAGAUCAGUUCCUUAAGCAAUUCCUCCUUCACCAACAUGAGCCAGCUGACCACUCUGAUCCUCAGCUACAACGCCCUCCAGUGCAUCCCUCCUCUGGCCUUCCAGGGCCUGCGCUCCCUGCGCCUACUAUCCCUGCAUGGCAAUGACAUCUCUACCCUCCGAGAGGGCAUCUUCGCAGACGUGACCUCCUUGUCUCACCUGGCCAUUGGUGCCAACCCUCUGUACUGUGACUGCCACCUCCGCUGGCUGUCCAGCUGGGUGAAGACAGGCUACAAGGAGCCGGGCAUUGCCCGCUGUGCCGGGCCCCCAGACAUGGAGGGCAAGCUGCUCCUCACCACGCCUGCCAAGAAGUUUGAAUGCCAAGGUCCCCCCACCUUGGCUGUCCAGGCCAAGUGUGAUCCCUGCUUGUCCAGCCCAUGCCAGAACCAGGGCACCUGCCAUGACGACCCCCUGGAGGUGUACAGGUGUGCCUGCCCCAGCGGCUAUAAGGGUCGAGACUGUGAGGUGUCCCUGGACAGCUGUUCCAGCGGCCCCUGUGGAAACGGUGGGACCUGCCACCCACAAGAGGGUGAAGAGGCCGGCUUCACGUGCUCCUGUCCUACCGGCUUUGAAGGACCGACCUGCGGGGUGAAUACAGAUGACUGCGUGGAGCACGCAUGUGCCAACGGGGGCAUCUGUGUAGACGGCGUGGGCAACUACACCUGCCAGUGCCCCCUGCUGUACUCGGGAAGGGCCUGUGAGCAGCUGGUGGACUUCUGCUCCCCGGAUUUGAACCCGUGUCAGCAUGAGGCCCAGUGUGUGGGCACCCCAGAUGGGCCCAGGUGUGAGUGUGCCCCAGGCUACACAGGUGACAACUGCAGUGAGAACCAGGAUGACUGCAGGGAUCAUGGCUGCCAAAAUGGGGCCCAGUGCAUGGACGAAGUCAACAGCUACUCCUGCGUCUGUGCUGAGGGCUACAGUGGGCAGCUCUGCGAGACCCCUCCCCGCCCGCCUGCCCCCAGGAGCCCCUGUGAGGGGACCGAGUGCCAGAACGGGGCCGACUGUGUGGACCAGGGCAGCCGGCCGGUGUGUCAGUGUCUCCCGGGCUUUGGUGGCCCCGAAUGUGAGAAGUUGCUCAGUGUCAACUUCGUGGAUCGGGACACUUACCUGCAGUUCACCGACCUGCAGAACUGGCCGCGGGCCAACAUCACACUGCAGGUCUCCACGGCAGAGGACAAUGGGAUCCUGCUGUACAACGGGGACAACGACCACAUCGCAGUGGAGCUGUACCAGGGCCAUGUGCGUGUCAGCUACGACCCAGGCAGCUACCCCAGCUCUGCCAUCUACAGUGCCGAGACGAUUAAUGAUGGGCAGUUCCACACAGUCGAGCUGGUCACUCUUGACCAGAUGGUGAAUCUCUCCAUUGAUGGCGGCAGUCCCAUGACCAUGGACAACUUCGGCAAACACUACACGCUAAACAGCGAGGCCCCCCUCUAUGUGGGAGGGAUGCCCGUGGACGUGAACUCGGCCGCCUUCCGCCUGUGGCCGAUCCUCAACGGCAGCAGCUUCCACGGUUGCAUCCGAAACUUGUACAUCAACAACGAGCUUCAGGACUUCACCAAGACGCGGAUGAAGCCAGGCGUGGUUCCAGGCUGCGAGCCCUGUCGAAAGCUCUACUGCCUGCAUGGCAUCUGCCAGCCCAACGCCACCCCGGGGCCCGUGUGCCACUGUGAGGCCGGCUGGGGAGGCCUGCACUGCGACCAGCCAGCUGAUGGCCCCUGUCAUGGCCACAAGUGUGUCCACGGGAAAUGUGUGCCUCUCGAUGCUCUUUCCUACAGCUGCCAGUGCCAGGAUGGGUACUCAGGGGCCCUGUGCAACCAAGCUGGGGCACCCGCGGACCCCUGCGGGGGCCUGCAGUGCCUGCACGGCCACUGCCAGGCCUCGGCCACCAAGGGGGCACACUGUGUGUGUGACCCUGGCUUUUCGGGCGAGCUGUGUGAGCAAGAGUCCGAGUGCCGGGGGGACCCUGUCCGGGACUUUCACCAGGUCCAGAGGGGCUAUGCCAUCUGCCAGACCACGCGCCCGCUGUCGUGGGUGGAGUGCCGGGGCUCCUGCCCAGGCCAGGGCUGCUGCCAGGGCCUGCGGCUGAAGCGGAGGAAGUUCACCUUUGAGUGCAGCGACGGGACCUCUUUUGCUGAGGAGGUGGAGAAGCCCACCAAGUGUGGCUGUGCCCUCUGCGCGUAGCGCCUGGCGUGGACGGGGAGGGCGAGGGCGAGCGAGGGGCACGGCCGGCCGCAGCGGAGCCUGAGCAGCAGCCGCUGGGCCUGGGUGGGGCCAUCAGCAGGACGCUCCUGGGCGGCGGGGCCGGCCUCACCCCGGCCGCGCCGCCUUCCUACAGCAAAAGGCGCGCAGGUGGGGGUGGAGCGGGUGGGCGUGGCUCGGGCUGAGGACCGCCCUCUCCGGAAGUGCCUUGCACAAAUAGGCGCUUAAUAAAUAUUUGUUGAAUGAAUGUGUGCGUGAGGUCAGGCCAAGAAGUGCAGAUAUUGACACACCCGUCCUUGCCUGCUACCUGGGUCUGAAGAAGGGACUGGCUCCUCCCAAAGCAGCCUGUCCCUCUCACCUGGCCCAGGCUGGCCCCAGAAGCCCCUUGCCCCCUGCAGAUAACCUUGAAGUACCCUCAGCCCGCCCUGGGGCAGCCAGCCUGGCUCUCAGCUCCUUCUGCUGCUGCAGCGUCUAAUGACAGUGGGCCAAGCUGCGGGGGGAAGGGCCCCCUCUUGCUGGCCAGGGAGGGAGUGACCCUUGCUCCCUGAGCUGACUGGCAGCGCUGCAGCCACUGCUCGCUCCGCUCCGGAAGGCGGCUGGGGGUGGAGGUGGGUCUUAGAACCAGACCUCUGAAUCCUAAAGUUAUGGGAUGACCAUUGUAACUUCAAGGAGGAGGCUCAUGUGGGGGAAACGGCUACUGGGGCUGCAUGGGGUGGGGACCCAUCAAAAAGACAGGGGAUUCUUGGUUUCAGUUGAAUAAACAUCACCACCUCCAGUCACUAGCCACGAAAGGGGCAUUGGUCCCAGGAUUCCUCAGCCACUAGCCAGCCACAGUUGCUGGCGAGCCACUGGCAGAAGGACGGGGUGUAAGGGGCUUGGGCUCGGCUGCUUGGCCUGGUGGGCGGGGGAGGUGGCGGGGGGGGCAUCUCCUCCAGUGGAGACUGGGUUCAGAUCCCCUCACAUACAGACCAGUAGGGAGCAGUGGUCCAGGCAGCAGGAAACCCGGCUCUGUCACUCUGGGCAAACUUCUCCAUGGGCCUCGGUUUCCUCAGCUAUCAAAUGGGAAGGUGGGAUAACUGAAUGAGCAAUGUGGACCCUCCCUACUACGGCUCCUGGAGGGAGGCUGGAAGAGUUAGAAGAUCCAUUUUCAUUCAUCCCAUCAUCAAGUAUUUAUGUGCCUAACAGGCUGGGUACUGUGGGUGCUCAUGGACAGAUGUGAACUAAUCACAGAGCGUCACAGGAGCAACCAGGAGGCCUUGGGAAGAGAGCUGAGCCGCUGAGCACCCCAAAAACAGACCUGGCUCAGGCUGGAACUGCUCACCAGAGGUGUUUGCAAGGAAGCACUCAGUGUUUGAAGUCACUGAAUACCUGACCCUGCGACUACAAAUGCUUCUCUUCCAUGCAGAAUGAAAGUGUAGAAAGACUAUCUUUGAGCCUAAAUAGUGAGCUGGCUGGAAGAUAGGUCAUGCUCUUCUGUCCCAGAUGUCUCCCCAGGAGAGUGCACCCCUGGGGUUGUGGGCAAGGGGGGGUGGUGAGCAUGUCCCUUUCCUGGCUCUUUCUGUCUGCAAGCAGAAGGCCAGAUUGGGGGAGUGUGUUGCCGUGAGGUUGAGGUGGCGUUGUGCCUGUGUCCUCAGCCACUGUGGGCAGCGUUGGGGAGCUCCUGAUGCUGAAUAGUAGGGGGCUGGGGCCUCCUGUGGCUGUGGGAGGCUGGCACACACUACACUGGGACUCAGGCCAGCGAGUUUCAGUCUUGAGACCUCUGAAAUGGGAAGAGGAUCCUGCCCUGCCCAACUCAGGAGGUGUCCUCAUGGCUGGAUCUGCCCUGCACCAGGGGCCGGACUCUAUUUUCUUGUAGCUCUGAGCAAGGCCACAGGGUCUCUCUCCACUGUGGACCACAGCCUGGGCCUUGCAGGGCUUCUCCUAGGGGUACACGGCAUCUCUCUUUUACCUGGAGUUUCUGGGCCACGGUGGGAGCCCGGAGAGCAGCUAGCACCAGGCUGGAUAGGCAGGAAAGCUCAAGUGCAGCUAGCUUGCCCCUCCCAUGGAAGAGAGGUGUUCUGGGACCCACCAACCCUGAGCCACGUACCUUCCCCUGGUCACCACCAUUCCCCACUGCCCUGGAGAAGCAGCUCCCAGGCUCGAGGGGCAAGGACUGGCAGGAGCCUCUUCACUCUGCAGAAAGUGGAAAGGGCACCUGCAGACAUGCAAUGGCUGCCAGGAGUCCUGCACUCCCAGUGCCAUGGGGCUGGGAGGGCAGAGGAUGAAGUUUGUUCACAGGGAACACCCUGUGAGCUUGUCGCUGCCCCCACCUGCCCCUCCACAAUGCCCCAUGCCCCCUGCCUGCUCCACACUCACCCUCGGUCGAGCUGGAAAACUGGGAUCCACCACAAGGGUGAGGGCAGCAAGGGGCCGAGAGAGCCGUGUACCCCAGGAUCAACUUUUCCUCCAACUUAGCCACCACUCUGCAAGUUGCUAAGGAACUGGAUCACCGCUCAUCUUGUUUGUUCACAUGUGGGCCCGCUGAGUCCCAGGCGGCUACCACGACCUCAUCUCUCUGAGAAAUCAUCUCCACACCUUGCCACCCCUUUGGUAAAGACCUUCAGUUUGCUUUGACGUCGCCAUUGGCCAUUUCCGCACUGAACAGACACAAGCAGGGCAAGUCCCCAGGUUGCUGUGCUUUGGCAGCAUGGCUGGUGAGUGGCCUGGGGACCCUGUGAAGGUGUCAGGAAAAGGAAAAGGCCGGACUUCGUCUCCUCUUUGCCUGCUGUUAGCCUAACCACGAAAGUAUCUCUUUAUACAGAAUACUUAACAGAUUCUAAUAUAUAUUUGUAUUUCAUUUUGUUAUAGUAUUUUUAUAUGUUAAAGUCAACAUCCAAUGUCUCGUUUGAUUAUGUGGUUGUGAGACUUUGUUUGGGGGUUCCUGUAGUAUUGUUUGGAUCACUCUUAGAGAGACUGCUUAGAACAGGCCCGUGAGGGAGCCACGCCUGCCCUUUUCCUGUAAGUGUUGUUUUAGAACAUGUUGGAUAUUGUCUGUUGUCUUCCAUGUGAACAUGACAUUGAUUCACUCAG